GGUAGUCUGCUAGUCAUAUCAGAACUUAAAUGCCUGAACCUGCCAAGUCUGCGCCCAAGAAGGGCUCCAAGAAAGCGGUGACCAAAACCGCUGGCAAGGGAGGAAAGAAGAGGAAGAGGACCAGGAAGGAGAGCUAUGCCAUCUACGUGUACAAGGUCCUGAAGCAGGUCCACCCCGACACCGGGAUCUCCUCCAAAGCCAUGAGCAUCAUGAACUCGUUCGUGAACGACAUCUUUGAGCGCAUCGCUUCUGAAGCUUCCCGUCUGGCGCACUACAACAAGCGCUCUACCAUCACCUCCCGGGAGAUUCAGACCGCCGUCCGCCUCCUGCUGCCUGGUGAGCUGGCUAAGCACGCGGUGUCCGAGGGCACCAAGGCUGUCACCAAGUACACCAGCUCAAAGUAAAUCGCUCCGCUUCUGAUCAAACCAAAGGCUCUUUUAAGAGCCACCCACUCUUGUCUAGUGAGAAAUUAUCCUGGCUGUAACAUUUUGCGUCUCCCUGGUCUUAAUUAUUUAAGGUUCGUACUCUGAAAUGCUAAUGCAUAUGCAGAUUGUCAUGCAGCAAUGUUUUACUGUUAAAAUAAUGUUAACUGCCAAA